UUCACCAUCGCCUUAAAGCUUCUCUGGAACAGGGAAGCCUGAGGAGCGACCCUCUAUGAGAAGAAGCUCCAUUCCACCGCCACCAAAUCUCCAGCAUGCCUGGACUUGUCACUACAUGCCCAGCUGCAACUCACAGCUAGCCAAAAGUGUCACUGGGGUGAAACACCACAGUUACCACUAUUUGGUUUGGCAGCAGGGGCCAGACAACUAAGGCACGUCCCAUUCAGCAAUAUUGGUAAUUCCAAUAUUUUGGCGCCCAUAUGUGCAGCUGGUCCGAUCCUGCAGCCACGAGGGGACACUCCGGAGCUCUCAGAGCCUCAGAAGACCACGGAGAGACUUUAAGGCAGCUUGGCGUCCACUGGCAAAGCUGUGACAGCAUAGCUCUCCAGCAGAGACUUUGGGAUUUAUGACAUAAAAGCCUCGGGGACGUCCUGCGCCUCUGGGAAGCACAGCUCCUUUUUAGUGAGCAGACCUUCCGAGCGGGGAGAAUAGGGUAGCUCCUCCAGCCCUGAGGAGUCCUAUUCAGGUGUAGAGAAGACCCCGCCGGACCACAGCACCAAUCACAACGAUUUGGCCUUUCAGGUUGCAGCUGACAGAACCACUCCACCUCAAAGACACUGACUGGCAUUUUGUCUCCGUCAACCCACAACAGCAGGGUACUUGACAUCGAAUUCGCUAUCCCGCUGUUCGUGUGCAGUCUCAAGACACCAUGAGACCGAGUCUACUCCUCAUCCUACUUGCGAUCAUUCCACCAGCAAUCUCCUGGAUAGUCCCUCAGCCCAAAGCAAAUGUAUGGACCACCUUGGCCAAAGCCCUUGGACAGGAUCACAUCUGUGUCUCCACAGCAACAGCCUGUGACCCCCUGUCAACUUGCCUGGUGGGAGUUCCUUUUAAAUCUGCAGUUCCCAAAGGAAAUGUGGCAUGCUUUAAAUGAAAUUAACUCACACCUCCUCCUGGUCACUACCCUGCUGACAACCCUUUACUGUUUUGGCAGGAGUGGGCAAGUUACCGGUGCCAAAAAGGGAACCACAAGAAUUCCAUCUCUUGGGCUCCAUGAAUGCAACCUUUUGCAUUCACUUUAAAUUUAAUCCCAGGUUAUCACAUUAUGAAGUUGAACUGAACACCUAUCCUCACCCUAGCAAACCAUACUACACAGACAAAAACUGGUACAAAAAUUCAGUCCUAGUCAUGCACUCGUCAAAUUAUGAUUAUAAGCUCAGUGAACUCCCAAAAGGUGUGUUUUUAAUAUGUGGAGACAGAGCAUGGGCAAGUCUCCCCCCUCGUCUGCUUGGAGGUUCGUGCACCUUUGGCAAGCUGAGCCUGUUUACCCCAAAUCGAACAAAUCUAAUGUAUUGGCAAAUAAAAAACAAUACACAUAAAUUGGCUAUCCAAAAAAGGGACCUAAGGCAAUUAGACCCAGACUGUAAUUCAGAAAUUGUUCACUGGUCCAGACUUAAGGCCACCGCAAUUACAGUCCUUCUGCCGUGGAUCUCGGCAGCAAAAAGCAUGGGAGAAUUAGGCCGAUUGGAAUGUUGGGUUGCAAAACAGGCAAACCUCACUUCUACUGCCCUGAGUGACCUCUUAUCAGAUGAGGAAAUUACCAGGCAAGCCACCAUUCAAAACAGGGUGGCCAUAGACUAUCUGCUCCUCCUGUACAACCAUCACUGUGAAGAAUUUAAAGGUCUCUGCUGCCUCAAAUUUUCAUUGAAAGCAGAGAACGUCCAUGCCAUGAUCGACAAGAUCAAAACCAUGGUGAACGACAUCAAGAGAGAAACAGACGACUGGCUGAGUGGACUGUUCAAAAGCUGGGAACUCUUAGGCCAGUUAGGAUCUAUUCUGAAAACUGUGUUUUUAGUACUGUUUAUUCUAGUUAUUGUUAUUGUAGUUGUUAGCAUUGUUUUUGGGCUAAUUAAGUGCAUGGUUUACAAACUAAUUUCAAGCUCAUCUUCCCCUCCUGAAGUCUACCAUUUGGAAGCCCCUAGUGCUCCAAUGGAUGACCUGGAAGCCUCAGUAGAAAAUACUGACCCUUCUGAAGAAGAGGAACAAAUUUACCAACCAUGGUUUGGCAAGCAUUCUGCCCCUCAAACCCAGUCCUCUUCAUUUUAA